AAUUAAACCACAUUAAAGCUUUCAAGAUUGCAUCUUUCCUUCAGUGAAGAAAAGGGUUUUUACAACUUUUUGGAUUAGAUGGAAGAGAUUCAAGUUCCUCCUUAUUUUCUUUGUCCGAUUUCGCUGGAGAUCAUGAAGGAUCCGGUGACGGUGUCCACCGGAAUAACGUACGACCGGGAGAACAUCGAGAAGUGGAUAUUCUCCGGCAAGAACAACACGUGUCCGGUGACCAAGCAGGGGAUUAUGGACGGCGACGUCGGGGAGUUGACUCCGAACAUCAUUCUCCGGCGGUAUAUCCAGUCGUGGUGCACUCUCCACGCGGCGCACGGCAUCGAGAGGUUCCCGACGCCGAAGCCGCCGGUGAGCCGAUCCCAGAUCGCGAAGCUCCUGAGCGACGCCCAGUCGCCGCAAAUGCAGGCGGAGUGUCUCCAGCGCCUGCGGUCCAUCGCGUCCGAAAGCGAGGCGAACCGCCGCUGCAUCGAGAGCGCCGGCGCCGCCGCGUUCUUGGCGUCGAUAAUCAUCAACAACAACAACAGCGAUGAAGCCCUAAGUUUACUCCACAACCUAAGAUUAUCCGAACAAAGCCUAAAAUCUCUCGCCGGACAAGACAACCGAUUCAUCGAAUCCUUAGUCCGAUCCAUGCAAACCGAAAACUACGAAUCUCGAGCUUUCGCAGUAAUGCUUCUAAAAUCAAUCCUCAAAGUCGCGGAGCCAUUGCAGCUGACAGGCUUGAAGCCUGCAUUCUAUCUCGCAACAGUGCAAAUCCUGAAAGACUCCAUAUCCGAGAAGGCCUCGAAAGCCGCACUGCACAUUCUAAUCAACGUUGCUCCAUGGGCGAGGAACAGAAUCAAAGCAGUAGAGGCCGGAGCCACGGCGGUGUUGAUCGAUCUCCUUAUCGAAUCGACGGAGAAGAGGACAUGUGAAAUGAUCCUAACGUCCCUGGAUCAGCUCUGCCAGUGCGCGGAAGGGAGGGCGGAGCUGCUAAGCCAUCCCGCCGGGCUCGCCGUCGUGUCCAAGAAAAUCUUUAGGGUUUCGCAUGCGGCCAGCGACAGAGCCGUCAAGAUUCUGUACUCCAUUUCUAGGUUUUCGGCGACGGCGGCGGUUGUUCAUGAGAUGUUGCAGUUGGGCGUGGCGGCGAAGCUGUGCCUAGUGACGCAAGUUGAUUGUGGGAGCAAGACGAAGGAGAGGGCCAUGGGAAUUCUCAAACUGCAUGCUAAGUCUUGGAAGAACUCUCCCUGUAUUCCCAUGAAUUUGGCUUCUUCUUACCCAUCUUCUUGAUGAUGGUGAUGAAGAACUUAUUAGAUAACAUAGCAAUUGAAAAACAAGAGAAAAUUGUGCAUAGUUAUUCGAGCAUUUUACCCCCCAAAAAACAUGAAUUGAAGAUUUUACAACUCCCAAUUAUUA